AUGCAAAUGUCCACUGCUUCUGAGGAUAUGUGCCCAAGGGGUGGGAUGUCUGGUCAAAGUCAUGUGUUGGGUGCAUUUGAGUGGAACACCACGGCUCCGUUAUCGAGGACUCCGGACGCGUUGCUUGUCCAGACCGGCUGCUGUUACGAAGAACGAGGAUCGGGGCACUUAUACGCGGAAAACCGAGAAAGCAUAGUGGCGAUGAUGAAUGAAAGGCUGAAAGGCGUUCGUCUGGUCGGCGAUGACGUAUCGCUGGCCCUGCGCGCGGAUAACGGAGAGCUACACACGCUUAAAAUGACUACAAACCACUACGGUGCAGCGUUUGUCGGCCUUCCGAAUGGCACACAUCAUGUUCAAGUGAUGAAAGGCGAACAACUUUAUGCAGAAUUCAAUGUCCAGGUUUGCUUGAAUGUUUCAAUUUGUUCAACACAUAGAAAAAAAAUCAGUAUUGCUGGAGCCGAUCUUGACUGA